AUGUCGGGCCUCAGUUUAGCUAAUCCCCAGAUCACUAAUCUGCUCAUCAUACUCGGUAUGAUGCAGGUAUCUAAGAAGAUACCCUUCGAAGACCCUCAAGUCCUUAUGGGCGUCCGCGUCCUAUACGUCGUCUCCAAUCUUAUCAUCUUGGGCAUCUACUUCUACAUGCAGAUGAAGAUCAACAAGAAGAAGGACCUCACUACCCUCAAAUACGUCGAACCACCACCAAUGGGCUCAGCCGAAGAGCCCAAACUCAUCACUACGACUGUCCACUCGUACGACUUACAGCAGCUUAAGGGGAUGUACAAAUCGCAGUUGAUGGGGGUAGGAAUGAUGGGCGUCAUGCAUCUGUACAUGAAGUACACGAACCCGCUCCUGAUCCAGUCGAUCAUCCCGCUCAAGGGCGCAUUUGAAGGGAAUUUGAUGAAGAUACAUCUGUUUGGGCAACCGGCUGUCGGGGACUUGAAGAGACCGUGGAAGAGCGCAGGUGGCAUGAUGGGUAUGGGUGGGGGAGGGGACCUCAAGGCGGAUAAGAAAAGUAUUGAGCAGGCGGAGAGAGCUGGAAGUGGGGGUGUCAAGGAAGAGUAG